GCCGGGCCCCCCGAUCGCGGCCGAGCCUGAGCAGGGCGGAGCCGCCCGUCCCCGCAGCGGAGGCCGCCGCACGCCGAGUGCCUGCAGCCCUCCGCGGCUUCCUGCCCCCGCCCCAUCCGCCGGCCCCCCCAUCUCCGCGCCCCCCACCCCGCGUCUCCUUUCUCUCCCCUCCGCUCUGCCUCGGCGCUCCCUACCCCCCAGCUCCCCCCAGCGGCCUGGUGGCACCUGGGAGGCGUCCGAAGCGGCUUGGAUUCCGCGCACACCGAGUGCCCGGCUCCAUCGAGGUCGGGGCGGAAGACAGCUGCUCCCUCUUGUAGAAGCAGGCGGGCACCAGCCCUGUUAAGCAUGAUUUUGUCCUCACAACAAACCUGUGGGGUAGGUGCUCGUUCUGUCAUAUACAAAAGAAAACCCCGAGGCCUGGAGAAGUUAACUUGCCCGGGAUCGCACGGCUAGAAAGUGUGUGAGAAGACACAGCGGCUCCGAAUUCGGGGCCGCGUUGUGUUUCGGGGGAAGCAGACAGGUUACACUGGUGUUGAGGAUGCAAAAGAGAAAGAGGGGUCUGAGGACAGCCACCCUGUAGCAAGGAGCCGGGCCUGGCCACAAUCAGUCACCACCUCCCACUAAAUAGUGUGGAGCCCUGAUACGGGGCUCCCUGCCCCAUUAAAAUGAUUUCCCCGUGGACAAUGGCGGCCACAAUUCAGGCCAUGGAGAGGAAGAUCGAGUCCCAGGCUGCCCGCCUGCUUUCCCUCGAGGGGCGGACCGGGAUGGCCGAGAAGAAGCUGGCCGACUGCGAGAAGACGGCCGUGGAGUUCGGCAACCAGCUGGAGGGCAAGUGGGCCGUGCUGGGGACCCUCCUGCAGGAGUACGGGCUGCUGCAGAGGCGGCUGGAGAACAUGGAGAACCUGCUGAGAAACAGAAACUUCUGGAUCCUGCGGCUGCCGCCGGGCAGCAAGGGGGAGGCCCCCAAGGAGUGGGGCAAGCUGGAUGAGUGGCAGAAGGAGCUGUACAAGCACGUGAUGAGGGGCAACUACGAGACGCUGGUGUCCCUGGACUAUGCCAUCUCCAAGCCUGAGGUCCUCUCCCAGACCGAACAGGGGAAGGAGCCGUGCAGCUGGCGUCGCACCGCCCCCAAAGUUCCAGAUGUUCCUGUGGACCCGAGUCCAGGCUCGGGGCCCCCCGUUCCUGCCCCCGACCUCUUAAUGCAGAUCAAGCAGGAGGGCGAGCUCCAGCUCCAGGAGCAGCAGGCUCUGGGGGUAGAGGCCUGGGCAGCCGGACAGCCAGGUAUCGGGGAGGAGCCAUGGGGCCUCAGCCAGCUGGACUCCGGAGCAGGAGACGUUUCUGCAGGUCCCGCCUCUGCAGGUGUCCACUCCAACUUUGCCACCACGAUCCCACCCACUUCCUGGCAGGCGGAUCUCCCUCCCCACCACCCUUCUUCAGCUUGCUCAGACGGGACACUGAAGCUCAACACGGCAGCGUCCACGGAAGCAGAUGUAAAAAUUGUGAUAAAAACGGAAGUCCAGGAGGAGGAGGUGGUGGCCACGCCAGUGCAUCCUACUGACCUAGAGGCCCACGGGACCCUGUUUGGACCAGGCCAAGCCACAAGGUUUUUCCCCAGCCCCGUCCAGGAAGGAGCCUGGGAAAACCAGGCCAGCUCCUUCCCCAGCCAGGACCCCGUGCUGGGGCUCAGAGAGCCCGCCCGGCCCGAGCGGGACAUGGGGGAGCUCAGCCCCGCGGUGGCCCAGGAGGAGACCCCGCCGGGGGACUGGCUCUUUGGGGGGGUCCGCUGGGGCUGGAAUUUCAGGUGUAAACCCCCCGUGGGCCUGAACCCGAGGACUGGGCCCGAGGGCGUGCCCUACGCCACCCCUGACAGCGGAGAGGCCGUGCUGGACCCCGGCCAGGCCCCGAGGCCCUUCGGGGACCCCUGUAAAUACCCCGGCCGGACCAAAGGCUUCGGCCACAAGCCAGGCCUGAAGAAGCACCCGGCCGCCCCUCCGGGCGGGCGGCCCUUCGCCUGCGCCACGUGCGGGAAGAGCUUCCAGCUGCAGGUGAGCCUGAGCGCGCACCAGCGCGGCUGCGGGCCGCCCGACGGGGCACCCGGGGCGGCGGGCGGCGGCGCGCGGGACGGCAGCGCGCUGCGCUGCGGGGAGUGCGGCCGCUGCUUCACGCGCCCCGCGCACCUCAUCCGCCACCGCAUGCUGCACACGGGCGAGCGGCCCUUCCCCUGCACCGAGUGCGAGAAGCGCUUCACCGAGCGCUCCAAGCUCAUCGACCACUACCGAACGCACACGGGCGUGCGGCCCUUCACCUGCACGGUGUGCGGCAAGAGCUUCAUCCGCAAGGACCACCUGCGCAAGCACCAGCGCAACCACGCGGCGGGGGCCAAGGGCCCGGCCCGCGGCCAGCCCCUCCCGCCCCUCCCGGCCGGGCCCCCGGACCCCUUCAAGAGCCCGGCCUCCAAAGGACCCUUGGCCUCCACAGACCUCGUGACCGACUGGACUUGUGGCCUGAGCGUCCUGGGACCCAGCGACGGUGCGGACCUGUGACGCCCCCCUCCCCCCGCCCCGAAGCUGGGAGGUGGGGUGGGGGCGGGGGGACGCCCCGGUCCCCGGGCCGCUGCAGGCCGCGUGUGUAAGGAGAGCCCCCCUGGGAGACGUCAGGGCGGUGGUGGGAACGGAGCCCGGAGAAGCAGGCUUCCCAGCCCGCUGGACUGGUCCCUGGAAGAAGAGAAACUGUCUGACGAUCCGGCUUCCACCUCUAAACAAAGUAGAAUUCUCUGAUUGUGAAACUGAGCAGCAUAGAAUUUUAAGUAAUUUAAUUAUGAACACUUUUUUUUUUUUUAAUUCUUGACGAAAAUGCUGGAAAAAUAGUCGUAGCGCCAGUUUAAACUUCAUAGUGUACUUUCGGUUUGCGGAGCGUGUGUUUGUGUGGGCUGUGUCCGUACCGAGUCCGACACUGAGUGUGCGGGGAGUCGGCCGGCCGGGGAACACAAGUGAGGAGGGUCCUGGACCUCCCCUGCCCCACGGACUCCUGGGGAGGGACCAGUGGUGGCGCAGAGGUGAGAGCCCCCCGCCCCUCCCGCCACCAAGCUGUGCUGGGGGGGAUGGGGGAACAGGUAUGGACCUGGGGCUCCAAGCUCCUCGCAUCGCCCCCCCCCCGCCUCAGCGUGGGAACCCCCACCACCCGUCAGCAGGGAGAAGGGCACCCCCGCUAUCAGCCGGUCCCAUCUCCCAGCUUGUCCCUCCAUCUCAAAAGGCCCCUCCCAAAGUGCUGGCCUAUUACAGGCCAUCUGCGGCCCCUGACGGCAAGGGAUCUGCGUGGUGUCCCCUGUUGUGGGACUCAGGGCCUCAUAAAGGAGAGUCCCCUGCAAACAGAGUGUUAGGGCUGCGCGGGCGAAACCCCUGACCCUCAGUUACCAGCAGAGCCAGGAGCAAAGCCUGGCCUGCCGAACCCCCGUGGGGCCACUUUCCACUGCGGCCAAAUGCCUCUCUUUCCUUUUCGCUGUGUAGUGAGUGUUUCUUCAUUGUCAACAUGCUUUCCCAUCGCAUCUCAUUUGAUUCCUGUGACCUUGUAAGGCACGCGGGACAAGUGUUCUUUCUUGUUAGAGAUGAGGAAGUAAACUCCUCCAAGGGCACCCCUCCCAGCCCCAGGCCGGAGCGCAAGGCCACGUGCCAGCCGUCGAGGGAGGCCACAGGUCACAGACAGGCUCGUCCUCCCAGAGCGUCGACGGUUUGGGGGAGGGAAGGUGUUCGCGCCUGCCCUGCUCAGACUAGUACCACAGCUGGCCGAGCAGAACCGACAGGCGCCAAGGGCCGGCCGAGCGCUGGCCUGGAUGGAGUGUGCUCUCAUUCCCCCGGGGACGGCAGCAGGCUGGGGUCAGGUCUGAGAGGCUGCCUGGGAGGCAAGUGCUUGUUCAUUCCCCCUCCGACAUCUUCAAGGUAGAAUUAGAAAUGGCCCAGGUUUCUUGAUUCUACUGCAGUGCUGUCCCCACCACACAGGUGUCCAUUCUGGUUUUGUUGGUGCAGCCACUGGUGCCCUUACCCCCAAACGGGCAACCCGUUCCCCCCCCAGGAACGAGAGACCGUGGCUUCCGUUCAGUCCGCUUCCUCAUGCGUACUUUUAUUAGGCAAUAGACUAGUUAAGAAAAUUGUUUCUAUGUACUGUAUAUUUUGUACCUGUUUACACUUCUAAUAUUGAUAUAACUGAUAUUUUGAAAAACAGAUGAAGAGGAAACAUCCCGUUAAAAUAAAACCUAACCAGCACCAAGA